CACACUUUCUGCCUCACACAAACACAGAGACACACACAGGAGGCGGUUCUCUCCAGUCCCUCUCCAUCAGAAACAACUGACAGCCAGGCAGGCUAGCUGCAUCCUCUGGUAGCUAUAGCAGCAGCGCAGACAGCUACAGCCGCCUCUACUGUCUGCUGCAUCUGUCAGCUGGCCGCCUGAUACGUGGAGCCUUUUGUGUCUCCCUAGAGUCCCGACUCCCAUUUGUGCUCUCUAUUGCGGGGGCUAAAGGAAACAACCAACAGCCACACCAAUGGACAUGAUGGGGAAGAAAGAACGCAGGGGCUGGGACUUCAAAGGCUUGCUGAAGAGGAACUGGCUGCUUAUUGCAACCAUUGUGUCGGUGCUGUUAGGGAUAGGUCUUGGGGUGGUGGUCAGGGAAUAUGCCUCCCUCUCCCACCUUCAUAAGCAGUAUUUUGGCUUCCCGGGAGAGAUCCUGAUGCGGAUGCUCAAGCUGGUCAUCCUGCCCCUCAUCAUCUCCAGCAUGAUAACAGGAGUCGCCGCCCUGGAUUCGGAAGUUUCUGGAAAGAUAGGUUUGAGGGCUGUGGUGUAUUACUUCUCCACCACCAUCAUCGCAGUUAUUCUGGGUAUUGUAUUGGUGAUGACCAUCAAACCUGGUGUCUCUCAGGAGGCCGAACAUAUCGACAGGACAGGGACCACACCAAACGUCACCACUGUCGACACUCUACUGGAUCUUGUCAGAAACAUGUUUCCUGAAAACCUACUGCAGGCUUGUUUCCAACAGUACAAGACAAAGCGCAAAGAGCUGGAACCACCUAAAGUGAAGGGGAACACUACAAUUACAAUGUUCCCUCCUCUCUCUACCGCUGUCAUGGCAACCAUUUUCCCCCCAGAGAACAUCACCAAGGACUAUAAGAUUGUCGGGUCAUAUUCUGAUGGGAUCAACGUGCUGGGCCUCAUCGUGUUCUGUGUGGCGUUCGGCCUUGUCAUCGGCAAGAUGGGCGAAAGGGGACGCAUUCUGCUGGAAUUCUUUGACGCUUUAAACGAGGCCACCAUGAGGCUAGUCCAGAUUAUCAUGUGCUACAUGCCAGUGGGGAUACUCUUCCUCAUAGCUGCCAAGAUCAUUGAGGUAGAAGACUGGGAGAUCUUCAGAAAGAUGGGCCUGUACAUGGUGACAGUGCUGAGUGGCCUAGCUAUCCACUCCACCAUUUGUCUGCCGCUGAUCUACUUUGCCAUUGUGAGGAAGAACCCGUAUACCUUUACCUUAGGGAUGGCCCAGGCACUGGUCACUGCUCUAAUGAUCUCUUCCAGCUCUGCCACCCUGCCGGUCACCUUCCGCUGUGCCGAAGAGAACCUCCGGAUCGACAAGAGGAUCACCCGCUUCGUGUUGCCUGUGGGCGCCACUAUCAACAUGGAUGGCACGGCUCUCUACGAGGCGGUUGCUGCCAUCUUCAUUGCCCAGCUCAACGACUACUCUCUGGAUGUGGGUCAGAUUGUCACCAUCAGUAUAACAGCAACAGUAGCCAGCAUCGGAGCUGCCGGUGUACCUAACGCUGGACUUGUCACCAUGGUGAUUGUGCUGACUGCCGUUGGACUACCUGCAAAUGAUGUCACUUUAAUUGUUGCUGUGGAUUGGCUACUAGACCGCUUCCGCACCAUGAUCAACGUGCUGGGGGAUGCCUACGGAGCUGGCAUUGUCCAGAAGCUGUCCAGGCGGGAGCUGGAGAGGAUGGACAUCACCUCGGACGUGGACGUGACCAACCCCUUCGUCCUGGAGACCACGCUGGACGAUGAGGAGUGUGAGAAAAAGUCUUAUGUCAACGGCGGCUUCACCAUCGACAAGACCGACGCCAUCUCCUUCACCGAGACUUCACAGUUUUAGGAAGGAGGGCGGGGAGCCAAGAAGUGCCAUUGCUGCUAGAUGUUAGCCUGGUGGUCCCAUCCUGUUUGUAAGCAUGUUUCUAGAUCUGUUUGUGCUGUCUUGCCAACUGCUAUGGGCAUUGGCGUGACAACGACUAUUGGUGUUGGCGAGACAACACAAACAGACCUGGUACCAGGCUAGUCUGUUUGUGAUUUAGCCAACUCCUGUCUAUGUUUGUUCAUUGCCAUGUAUACAGUGUAGUACGGCUUGACAAGGAUAGAAGAGUUGGCUAUAGCCAGGGGUGAAAGUCAAUUUAAUUUCUUCCCAGUACAGGACCGCCUAUGUGUGUACGCACUCCAUCAUAGAAUUGCAUAUAGAAUCCCUAUUCAUUCAUAAUGAUCUCUGUGGGCUCAGUCGUAAAGAUUUAUAAUUAAGGACUCCCGUGUGGCGCAGCGGUCUAAGGCACUGCGGUGCUUGAGAUGUCACUACAGAUCUGGUUUCAAUCCCGGGCUGUGUCCCAGCCGGCUGCGACCGGGAGACCCGUGAGGCGACGCACAAUUGGCCCAGUGUCGUCCAGGCUAGGGGACGGUUAGCCUGUCACAUUCUAGCGACUCCUGUGGCGGGCCGGGUGCUUGCACGCUGACACGGUCGCCAGUUGGACGGUGUUUCCUCCGACACAUUGGUGCGGCUGGCUUCAGGGUUAAGCGAACAGUGUGUCAAGAAGCAGUGCGGCUUGGCAGGGUCAUGUUUCGGAAGAUGCGCGGCUCUCGACUUUCGCCUGUCCCAAGUCUGUACGGGACUGUAACAACCAAUUGGAUAUCACCAGACAAAGGGGUAUAAAGUUUUUCUUUUAAGAAAUAAAAAGAUUUGUCAUUAAAAAAUGUAAAUGUAGUACCUUUUAUUGUGGCAUAAACACAACUAAUCAUGAUGUUUUAAUCUGAUUGUCCAACAAUCACUUCAAAAGGGCUCCUUUAGCCUAUUAGUCUACUCGUGCACAAUCAUCCACUCAAAAUAUAUUUCCAGCCUCCAAACAGUAGUGAAUAGAAAGAGACACAAAACACCACAAAGUGUAAUGACAUUUUGACAAUUGUCAUGAGGCCAGAUUUUAUGCGCCCACUGCUGUUCGUUAGCGUCUUGGUGUCGGCCAUUCAUCUCUGCCUUGGCAAAAUUUCAGUGUUCUUGUCGAACCACAUCGCAUUUUUGGAGCGUAGGCUAUCCCAACCGUUCAAGUCCAUUUGCUCAUUUUUCAUGCCUCUGACAUGCGGUAGCCUAUUGAUAAAUAAUGGUGUAAUGGUUCUUGAAAAAAAAAAUUUGAAAUAUUGUGACAGGCUCAUGUUUUACCAGUACCCCACUAUUUAUUUUGCUGGGACGCCAUACUGGACCGUACCGUCUUGCUUUCAUCCCUGGCUAUAGCACAUACAGUAUACGACCAGACUUGGUAGAAAUGUGAGGGGGGUUCGAAGCUAAUCAUAAAACCAGCGCUUGUAAAAGGGAGACAAAAAACAUGACAUGAGACACUUUCAAGCUCGAACGUUUGCAACAUCAGCCACCAUGUGUUUUCUCUAAGAGCAAUCAUCCUGCUUUUUAACCACGAGCGGAAAUCCUUAAAAUGAGCUGGAAAGUGUCUGAAUUGACACCCUAUUCCCUAAAUAAGCCCUGGUCAAAAGUAGUGCACUAUGUAGGGAAUAAUGUGCCCUUUCAGACAGUCCCAUGCUCUCCUUUACUAAAAGCGCUUCCAUCGUUAUGUUGACGUAAUGAACACAGUCACUUUUGAACAAAUCGAUACUUUUGUUAUUGUUUUUACAUAAAGGGAACUAGGAUAUGGGGACUACAAGAGGAGUUAAGAGUUUUUGAAAUUCAUACCUCCACCAUGGGUGUGCAGGUAUGUGUUCUGGUGGUCGUUUGUCUGUUUGUAUUUGUGUCUGAGAAAACGUAAAUAAUAUAUUCGCCGGGCUGAGCUGUGUAAAUGUAUUGCAAAAAAGAGCAUGGAAGAAGAAAUACAACUAUAUUCCAGACGUUCAAUAUACUGUGUAUUGCAAAGAUUCAAACAGACUUUCAUGAACUACAGUGUUCCGCUUUGUUUGUCCUCCAGAAGAUAACUACUUUACAAAUGUCUUUUCAUUUUUGUCAAAAUUCUUGACAAUUGUGUGUGUGUUGUUAAUGUUAUUUAGCUUCCUGUGUCCAACUGUAGAUUUACAAUAUGUGCCAAACAUCAUAUUCAUUCAUUCAUUCAUUCACUUUGUAUCAUUCCAUGCACAUUUUUUCAUUGCAUGAAGCAAUAUGGCAAAGAAAUACAGUGAAACUUGUAAUGAACAUAGACUUGCUAUACAGUAUGUAUUUUUCAAGUGACAAAUGGCCUUUAGUAAGACAAUAGAGUUGAUGGCACAAUAACGAGGCUUUGGAGGUAAGACUUAAUUGAAUACUGUUAAAUAUUUGGAAAUAUUUUCAUAAUGAAUUGCUAAAGAGUUAACGCUUAACCCUCGUUAAGGGGGGCUAUAUGGAUGACUUAAGUAUUUAAGGAUGGUCUUAGCGACAAAGGCUUUCUGAUAGCGAACGCUAACUAUAAAAGCUUCAUGAUAGUUUGUCAGAGAAACAAUUUAAAAAAAUGGUGGGGCCUCUGAAGCAAUGUUUCAGAAGACCCGGCAGUAGAAUCCAGGAAUGCAAAUUGGUGCAAUUCCAACUUUAACCAUGGAUCCUUAGUUAAAUGACAUUUUAGAAAACCUCAGAAUUAUGAGCUCCAAACAGCUCAUAAAAAGGCAUUAUGUACGUAAUCACUUUGUGUGGUCCGACAAAUUAAUUAUUUUAUGUAUCCUUACUUUAGCGAUAUGACCCUUUCUGAGCCUUCACGUCAGUUGCGAUCAAGGUGAUAACAUUUGUUUUGUUUUUAUAAUAAUCUCCAAUUUAUUUCCAUUUUUUCAUCCCUUGAGGCAUGGGAUUAUUGAAACUGCCACUCAAUGUUACAGCUCAUUGCAAUCCACCCUCUGUGACUUGUUUUUGUUCUACCACAGUGGCAUAAGGGCCUAAUUUGAGAUAGUAGACAACUUUAAUAUAUAACAUUUCUGAAGCUGGCAAGAUAUUGGGUACUGGAAAGCAAAUUGAGGGCAAUUUGUAACAUUUGGUUAAUCAGAUGUGACUAAAAAAAAGCUUGUGAAUCAGGUUCUACUGUACAUUUCAAAAGCACAUGAUGAUAUUAACAACAAAUCAAUAAAUGGCUAUAUUGUGUACCAUUCACAAAUCACCUCAGUAUAUGAAUCCACAUGUACUAGAUGUAUCUAACUGCAAGCUAAUAAAGACAAAUAUAACUUGGG